AUGAUAUUAAUCACCAGAUCUGCCAUUAAAUUUUCUCUGUCAAACAGUGCGGCGCAAAGCGCAUCACGUCGAGCGCUCUACACCACCCCUCUCGUGCGCUCAGGCGGCUUCAACCGACCCGGCCCCCCACCUUUGCCACCACAGGAGCAAAAGGAGUUCGAAAACUUGGUCAAGCAAAAGCAGAAUGCAUCACCUUUUCUCUCAAGCUCGGAUCCAGAAAAGGGCGAAAUGCACCCGGAUGCUCGACGAAAGCCCAAAGCUGAAUUCGAAGGAGAGACGAACCCUACCACGGGCGAAGUUGGUGGUCCCAAGAAUGACCCGUUGAAGUACGAGAAGGAGUGGACAUACGGCGGGCGAGCCACCGAUUUCUAG